AUGACGUCGCCGACCAGGACGCCGAGUAACAGCAGUUGUACCGACGACCAAACCACCUUCACGGAGACAUUCCUCCUUGGGGGAACACCGGACCUACCUACACUCCAAGCCCUCCGAGGCCCCGGGCACGAGACCCGGAAGAAGAGAGCCCACCGGAAGAGUCGAUGGGGCUGCUCGGCGUGCAAGCGCCGGAAAGUGAAAUGUGAUGAGAAGGCGCCAUGCGGCAACUGCGUCAAACGGCGGGAGACGUGCUCGCUUGUCGACACCCAGUUAGCUAACGGUGCGGCUGGUCUUUCCUUAAGCGUGCGUCCAGAACCAAACCCGCUUCUCCCGGGUGUGGAUUCUAGGGUGAACCUCCUGCAUAUGGAGCUGUUCUACCAUGCAUUUCACGAGACCGUUCCCGGUCUAGUCAUGUACGAGGAGAUAUGGAAAGAUCUGUUAAAGGAGUGUUUUAAGUUCGAAUACCUCAUGAACGCCUUGCUGGCCAUGGCAGCCCGCCAUCUCAGUAUCAUCAACCCGGACGUGCCACGGUACCAUGAGGCAGCUAUGGUGCUACUCGCCAAAUCCUGCGAGGAAUUCCGCAGCGUGCUCGACCUGGAGUUGACGGUAGAGAACAGAGACGCCGCCCUGGGGACCUGCAUCCUCAUCCAUUACCUGUGUUGGUGCGAUUUAGGAUUCCUCGAGGGUCAGCAACGGAAUCUCGACGGCACUUACCGGCGACUAGACCUCUCGCAGGACCGACUGUUCCUACUCUCAGAAGGCGUCCGCCACGUACGAUACAUGUCCUGGCAGCUCCCAGACCCGUCGGGGAGCAUAUUUUGGCGCCUUAUCCACCAGAGGAAGUGCGUCAUGCUCCGCGAUAGCCUCGCGGAGAGGGGCAUAGAAUACGGUCAUCUUCGGUCCAGAAUUAUCGAUCUCUACGAUGACCCGCGCUUCCACGGCAAAGGCCCCAACCUCUCCUCCCCGACUACGCCAGAAGAUGAAGCAGCAGCAUCCGCACCAUCGUCUCCUUCACCGUCAAUACGUGACCUCUGCCAGCAGCAAGGACAGCUCCCCAUCUGGGCGCUACCCUGCGCGCACAUGUUCUCCGACGCCCACAUUCUCUCCAUCAUCGCGCUCCGGGUGCCUGCCGACGACGACCAGAGCGAGAUCGAAAAGGAACUCUACAAGCGGCUUUCGUUCGAGAUUGUCGCGGACCGCAUCGCGCUCAUGAUUCACAUCACCUUGCUCCAAGAAGCGGAAACAUUAGAAGGCGCAUCGAAAGUACUAGAUUACAGCGACCCACAGCUAAGGGACGAAGUGGAGAGAUGUUUCCUGUCGUUCCCUCUGUUGACGUACAGGCCGUUCAACGAUCUCAUAAGUCAGGGUGAUUCGAGGGCGCUCGUGGCCCAUACGUUCCUUUCGGAUUACCUACCAUUAAACUUUACAGCAGUAAUGGCAACGAGUGUUCGAGGGGCCGCGGAGGCCCUCGAGGAAUUUGACUUUGGCUUGGAUCUCAUCGAUGAAUUCGAUGCACUGCUGGUCAACGUGAAGAAUGAAGAGGAUGAGUUAACUUCGCUAGGAAAGUACCCAGCCAAGCUACAUGCAAGAAAGGUUGCCGCCGAGCUCUCCUCUGAGCACGAAAUCUCCAGCGGUCUCGUCUUUCUUCCCGGCGAACCGUCCACCGUCUACGAGGACUCCGACCAAGCUCCUCCCUUCCGCCAACGCCGAUAUUUCUACUACCUCAGCGGCGCCAACUUCGCUGACUGCGCCAUCACCUACGACAUCAAAACGGACCACCUAACCCUCUGGAUCCCCUAUGUCGAACCCCGCCAAGUCCUCUGGUACGGCUUCACCCCGGGCAUCGAAGAAUGCCGCGCCCGCUAUGACGUGGACUCUGUCCGCUACGUCGACCAGAUGGAGGACUACAUCGCCCAGCGCCUCCUCUACGGCUCCUCCAACACCCUCUACAUCCUCCACGCCCACCACGCACCCCGCCUGUCCCCCGAAACUAGCUCCAGGAUCUCCAUCGACGCCUACCGGCUGAAGCUUUGCAUGGAUGCUGCGCGCGUCGUAAAGUCGGACUACGAGGUCGCUAUGAUCCGCCGCGCGAAUUCUGUUUCGUCGGCGGCCCAUCGGCGGGUCGCGGAGCAGCUGCGCACAUUUGCUAAUGAGAGAGAGAUCGAGGCGGCGUUUCGUUCCGUGUGCGCUUUGAAGGGCGCCAAGAAUCAGGCUUACCCCGUCAUCGCCGGGUCCGGGAAGAACGCGGCGACGUUGCACUACGGGGAGAACGACGAGGAUCUGAAAGAUCGGGAGCUCGUCGUCAUCGAUGCCGGGUGUGAGUGGGAUUGCUACGCUAGCGACAUCACCCGCACGUUACCAAUUUCGGGCCGCUUCUCGAAGGAGGCUAGGGAGAUUUACGCCAUCGUCGACAAGAUGCAGAAGGAGUGCAUCUCGGCCGUGCGUCCUGGUGUUUUGUAUUAUAAGCUUCAUCUGCACGCUGCCGCCGUUGCGCUCGUGGGGCUGAUGAGGUUGGGCGUUCUCGGUGGCGGCACCGUCGGCGAGAUUUGGAACGCCGCUACCGUGACGGCUUUUUUCCCCCAUGGGCUGGGUCAUCACGUUGGGCUUGAAGUCCAUGAUGUCCCCGGAAGGGAAAGGCUCCUUCUGUUGGAGGCGGACGAUGAAGUCGCCGCAACUACUGCCAAGCCCCGCCGGAAGCUGAUGAAGCGCCAGUUCGUCACCCCCGAGAUCAUGAAGAGCUUUGCUCCUACGGCGACUCCGCCCCCGUACAAAGGCCGCCAGAGACUCGAGAAGAACAUGAUUGUUACCAUCGAGCCCGGAAUUUACUUCUGCCGCGAAUACAUCGAGGGCUACUUCCUCAAAGACCCCACCCACAAGCGCUACAUCAACACCGACGUUCUCGAAAAGUAUUACAAGGUCGGCGGUGUCCGCAUUGAGGACGACAUACUCGUCACGGAUGACGGCUAUGAGAACCUUACUAGUGCUCCCAAGGGAGAGGAACUUCUUCGCAUCAUCAAUGGGGAGGACUAG